UUUGACAUCAACACUACAACAAACAAAUAACUUUGAGGUUUUUAAAUUUUCGCUUUUUUCGUAAAAUGUCGGGAGAAGACUGCGACGCAUUAGACCGUGGGGAUGGUGAAGGACAAAAAUCAGAUAAAAUGUUUACUCUCAAAAAGUGGAAUGCUGUUGCUAUGUGGAGCUGGGAUGUAGAAUGCGACACCUGUGCUAUUUGCCGCGUUCAAGUGAUGGAUGCCUGUCUAAGAUGCCAAGGUGAAAGCAAGAAGGAUUCGUACGGGAAGCAAGAUUGCGUCGUAGUGUGGGGUGAAUGCAACCAUAGUUUCCAUUUCUGCUGCAUGUCGCUGUGGGUGAAGCAGAACAACAGGUGCCCGCUCUGCCAACAGGAGUGGUCUAUCCAACGGAUGGGCAAGUAGACGCGAACCAGGCGGAGAACGAUGAUCUCUGUAACACCGCGUUCAAGUAGACUUUAUUUCUUUCAUUCUUGACGUAAUAAACAGCUCUAAUCAUUUA